UCAUCCAAAAACCCACCGAGUCAUAACGCUAAUCUCGUUCUCGUUCUCGUUCUCUUUCUUUUUCACCAGUUCCAUAGAACAACUCAAACCAAAAAAAAAAACAAACAAACCAUGAAUCCCCAUUUUGCCCCUCUCUCUUUCUCAAUCCCUUCUCUUCGAAAAACACCUUCUCUCAUCGGCGCUAACCACACCUCCGCUCGCUUCUGCUCCCGAUAAAUAUGAAAAAAAACCCAACCUUUUCUUUUUCUUCUUUUAAUUAAUUCAAUUCAAUUCACUUUUGUGAAUUUUUCUGAUUAUUGUUAUUAAUUUCUGUGAGGAAAAGAAGAGUGCACAAUUUAUUUCCAUGGAGCCUAACGUAGGGAAGCCUGGCUUUCUCCGAAACGUUCUGGUACGGUUACUCCUCUUCGGCGUUUUCAUCGUCGUCGUUCGGUUCGCUUACGUCAUCACCCUCGCCGGCGAGUCCUGCUCCGUCGGCGACUUCUGCUUCUUCUCUCCGUCGAUCAACCUCGCCAAGGCCGGCACUAGAUCCGGCGCUCUCGCCGCCCAGGCCGCCGUCGGAGGCGCCGGCGCGGCACCGGAGCGCUACGCCAGCAAGGAAUGGAUCAAUGGUGUCCGGUUCUACUCGUCGGCGUUUCAGGACAUGAUCUCCGGCGGCUUCCUCUCGCCGGCGGCGAAGGCGCUCUGCGUGGAGACGCCGACCGGCCGCGACGUCAUGGCGCUGCGCGGGAUCGGAGUAAUCGACGCCGUCGGGAUCUCGAAGAAGGCGUCGCCGCCGCUGGUGAAGUCCGGCGAGGCUCGCCGGAUUCCGUUCGCGGACGACACAUUCGAUUUCAUGUUCGCCGGCGACGGCGCGCUAGAAAAUUCGCCGCGGCCGGCGGAUUUUGCAGCCGAAAUCUUUCGGACGCUCAAACCCGAAGGGUUUGCCGCGUUCCAUGUAAAGGCCAAUGACACUUACAGUUACAAUUCAUUCGUUGAUUUGUUCAAUUUUUGUUGCAAUGUGGUGAAAGUAAACGACAUAUUAGAGUUUGAUUCAUCGAUGCCUCACAUAAGAGAAAUCGUUGUGAAGAAAGUGCGUCACGCAAUUGAUUCUGAAUCCAAUUCCAAUGGAAAAUGCUCUGUUCCAGAGUACAAAAAAAAGCAGGUGAGAAAUGCAGAGGCUUUGAUUGAAGAGGAGCCACUGAAGCCAUGGAUCACUCUGAAGAGAAACGUGAAGAACAUAAAGUACCUAUCUUCAAUGGUUGAUAUAAGCUUUAAGGAUAGGUAUGUGUAUAUUGAUGUUGGAGCUAGAAGCUAUGGCUCCAGCAUUGGAAGUUGGUUUAGGAAGCAGUACCCGAAACAGAACAAGACCUUUCAUGUGUAUGCAAUUGAGGCUGAUAAAACGUUUCAUCAGGAGUAUGGAACGAAAAAGGGUGUUACAUUGCUGCCUUAUGCAGCAUGGGUGAGGAAUGAGAGUUUGGUGUUUGAGAUUAACCGCGACCCGGGGGAGAAGAAGGUUCAGGGGAAGGGCAGGGGAAUGGGGAGGAUUCAGCCAUUGAAGUCUUCAGGUGGUUUUGAUGGUGGUGAGCUUGAGAAGAUUUCGGGGUUUGAUUUCGCUGAAUGGUUGAAGAAUACGGUUUCGGAGAACGAUUUUGUUGUGAUGAAGAUGGAUGUGGAGGGUACUGAGUUUGAUUUGAUUCCAAGGUUGUUUGAAACUGGGGCUAUCUGUUUGGUGGAUGAGAUUUUUCUGGAGUGCCAUUACAAUAGGUGGCAGAGGUGUUGCCCUGGGCAGAGGAGUCCCAAGUAUGAGAAAACUUAUGAUCAGUGCUUGCAGCUCUUCACUUCUCUCAGACAAAGUGGAGUUCUUGUUCAUCAAUGGUUUUAACUUGUAAGAUUUCCUGAUGGAUGGGUCAAACCCUAUAUACAUGUUCUUAGCUUCUGCAUGUUUCUUCUUCUUCUUCUUAGUUUUUUUUUUCCCAAGCCAAUAGAGAAGAGAGAGAGAGAGUUCUUUAUUUUUUAAAUUUCUCUACUUGUAACAGUUGCAGCAGAAAAUGAAAAUGAAAACCAUCCCUUUUGUCACACAUUUCUCUUGUUUUAUCUGUGUACAUAUUGCAGCAGAGGAUACUUUAAA